AUUUGACUGGACACCGAGUCCCGACAGUCAGACUUCCUACAUUUACUACACUAGCACGGCCUUCGUUGUCGUUUGAGUAUAAUUCAUGGAUCCCCAAGUCUCGCUAGCAGUCCAAAAGUGCAGGCCAAAGCGCAAGUCCUCACGAUUCGGCUGCCGAAACUGCAAACUAAGAAAAUUAAAGUGUGACGAGACAAGGCCAUACUGCUCGAAAUGUCGGACAUACGGGGUCUACUGCAACUUCGGCUUCAAUGUUCCCGAUCUUCAACCCGUCCACCAGAAACAAACAAAGGAAGAAUUAGUUAGCCUAUUUGAUAUACCGCGCCCGCGAUCCACUAUCAGUAACGCUAUAUGGGUCGGCGAUGGAUCGACCUAUUUUACACUAGAUCUAAAGGACCAAAUGCUUUUCAAUCGGUUCCGAUAUCAAGUCAUUCACUCCCUCGGUGGUUCUGAAGUGGUACACAUAUGGGAGAGUCACAUGCUUCAUUUCUGUUUUACUUGUCCGUUCCUGAUGCAUGGAACAUUGGCGAUGGCAGCUGUUCAUGAGCGCUUUUUUGAGACGACACCAACACAUCGUCGCUCAUUACGAGAAUCUUAUCACGCAUCUCAAUUCACAACCUUGUUCAGCAAACAGCUCAGCCAACCCAUUAGAGAAGAACACAAGGACCCCCUCUGGGCUGCUGCUGGCGCUGUUGCUAUUCUGACGUUUUCUGCCCUUAAUGCGUCCUCUCCUGAUGAGGCAUGGCCUCUUGGGGCACCCGACUCUUCCGACCUUGGCUGGCUUCGUCUGGGGGUUGGUAAGAUGAAACUGUGGCAUUUAGUAAAUCCGCUGCGGCCAGAAAGUGUGUACCGCAUCAUUUCUGAAUCAUUUGCACAACUACAUCAAUCAGUGCCAACGCGAGGCACCAAUGGCGUGUCAGUCGAAUUGGUACAACUGUGCGGGCUUGACGAAUCGUCGACGCAAGAGAAUAACCCUUUCUUCACAGCUGCGCAUGGUCUCUCCCAGCUAUUAGAAGUACCAAAGGGCAGAGUCUCCCUAGACAAUGCUAUGAAGGUAUGGAGCCAUAUGGAUAAUAGAUUUGUGGUCUUAUUGGAAAUGAAGGACCCGGUAGCGCUUUUGCUGCUUUGCCUGUGGUAUACUAAAGCCAGCGAAAGCAGAUGGUGGAUUAGCAUUCGAGCCAAACAUGAGCUUCCGGCUAUUUGCUCUUACUUGGAGAUAUACCACAAGGACAACAGUGUUAUCCAAGCCCUCAUUCCAUCUCUAUAGUAUACAAAAAUAUUUAGCUA